CUUGCUUUUGCUUUCUGCACCUCUUUCCAUCGUGCUUGUGGGACCCUGUGGUGUAACCUGGUGGGUGUUUGCUGUAGGUCCCUGCGUGGACCUGGCACUUGGCUCCACCACCCGCCCCAGCUCUCCCAGCUGAAGAGCUCGUUGGCAUUUAAAGUCUGAUGUCCGGAGCCACUUUCCAAUAGUUCCUCCACCGAUGGAGGCACACGUGCCCAUCCAGCAGCACACUGGGGGCGAACCCCCCCCAUGCAUGGUGAGGGAUAUUGCAUCGGGGGGGGAAUUGGGGGGAUUUCGGCCAAAGCAGGCAGCAAGGCCAUGGCAGGACAGGCGGCGUGUCCAGCACAAAGCUCCCUUUGAGCCCCCACAGAGAAGCCCUGACUGCCCCUUCCACCAAUGAGCAGGAGCUGCCGGGGAAGGACAUUUUGGCAACUUUCCACAGCCCAGGAAUGCGGCCGGGAAGAAGGGCUGCGAGCGACAGUGGUGGGGCCGAGACCCCUGGCCCGUGGUGGCAAGGAGGGGGCUCCCAGCACGGCAUCGCCCACCACCCCAGCAGUGCUCCUCACUGGCUCCGCUCUCCUGCUCCAUGCAGGGUGGUGGGAAGUGUCUCCGGACACUUUCAGCCCCACUCCUGUCACCCAGUGGACUCUGUCCCAUCUCCGCAGGACAUGGGCUGUGGCCCAGCGCCCCGACGCCUCUAGCUCUGAGCACCUCGGCCCCGCCAUGCUGAUGGUAAAGCUGCCACAGAUCUUCAGGGUCCAUCAGGUGCCUCGGAUCUUCUGGGAGGAUGGGAUCAUGUCAGGGUACCGGCACCCCAAGAGCUCAGCCCUUGACUGUAUCCUCAGCUCCUUCCAGAUGACUAACGAGACAGUCAACAUCUGGACACACUUUCUACUGACCUGGUAUUUUGUGUGGUGCUUCCUGGUGCUCUCAUCCUCCCUGGACUUCUGCCAGGAGCCCUACCACUGGCCCCUGCUCAUCUACCUGCUGCUUGUCUGCCUCUACCCCUUUGCCUCCAGCUGCGCCCACACCUUCAGCUCCAUGUCAGUGCGCGCCCGCUAUAUCUGCUACUUCUGCGACUAUGGAGCCCUCAGCCUCUACAGCCUGGGCUGUGCAUUUGCCUAUGGUGCCUACACAAUGCCAGACCACUGGGUUAGUGGCGUUUUGCACCGUUACUUUGUCCCCGUGGCUGCUUUUAACUCCUUUGUCUGCACCAGCCUCUCUUGCUACUGCCGCUUCCCUGAGCUGGAGCAUCCCCGGCUGAGCAAGGUGCUGCGGACGGCAGCUCUCGUGUACCCCUUCCUCUACGACAACAUCCCGCUUUUCUGCCGGCUUCUCUUCUGCUUCUGGAGUAACUGCGCCUGGAAUGAGACUAUGGCCGGGUACUGCUACCACCUCCUCUUUGCACUGCUCACUGGCUUCCUAUUCGCAUCCCUGCCCGAGCGCCUGGCGCCCGGCCGCUUCGACUACAUCGGACACAGCCACCAGCUCUUCCACAUCUGCGCUGUGCUGGGCACCCACUUCCAGCUGGAGGCCAUCCUCUGUGAUGUGUGCUCACAUCGGGCCUGGCUGCAGGGCCACCUGCCUGCCCCCGGCCUCCCCGGCACCUUUGGCACUGCUGGACUGGCCUUUUUGGGCAAUGCUGCCAUCAUCGGCGCCUUCACCGCUGCCUUGCCCCGGGCAUCUGGCAGCUUUGUCAGCCCCAAGCAUCCCCACUGAGGCUGGGCGCUGUAGGGACUCAUGAUGCUGUGGGGUAAGUGGCUGGGCUGCAAGGGGCUGUGGGGACCCAGAUGUCCUGGCAUCCCCCGGAGCUCCCCCCACCCCCAAGUGUGGGGAGAAUAGGGUGAGGGGCUCAGACACCUGGGGCUCACUGUUGGAUAUCUUGGGGUGUCAUAAGAUGAAGUGUGUCCCCCCCUCACCCUGGUCCCUCUG